CGCGAUCCUGUCACUCCCCCACAAAAUUUUUCUCGCUCCGAUUCGCAUUUCCUGAGAACUUUCCCACCGUUUUCUCGGAAAAUCCUUCGCAUUUCCAGUUCGUCUUCCCAACUUCGAUCUACUCGGCGAUGGAGUCCCUGGGCAAGCCGAAGAAGGGCGCAGGAGGUAGGAGGGGAGGCGGCCCGAAGAAGAAGUCCGUCCCUCGCUCCGUCAAGGCCGGCCUCCAAUUCCCGGUCGGCCGUAUCGGGAGGUACCUGAAGAAAGGCCGCUACUCGCAGCGCCUCGGCUCCGGAGCUCCGGUCUACCUCGCCGCCGUCCUCGAGUACCUCGCCGCCGAGGUUCUGGAGCUGGCGGGCAAUGCGGCGAGGGACAACAAGAAGAACAGGAUCAUCCCGAGGCACGUGCUGUUGGCGGUGAGGAACGACGAGGAGCUCGGGAAGCUGCUCGCCGGAGUGACGAUCGCGCAUGGAGGCGUGCUGCCGAACAUCAACCCGGUCCUCCUGCCGAAGAAGACGGACAAGGCGAGCAAGGAACCCAAGUCCCCGUCAAAAGCCACCAAAUCGCCAAAGAAGGCGGCUUAGGCUUCGAUUUAGGGUAUUUAGGGUUUGCUUUGAGAACUUCUGGUUCUUAAUAGUUUAAAUGGUUGCUUGUUCCCGUCUCUCCAUGUACGUACUGCUCUGAAGGUGGUGGGUCUUUUUGGUUUUCUUACUGGGGAUUUCUACUUUUUGAGUCUUGUGCUUCAAUGAAAUGAGAUGGCCAGAUUUUACAUGCUUUGGCAGAAAAAAGAAGAAGAUGGUCCUUUCCUUUCCCCUU